AUGCCUUUUUAUCACAAACCAAAAACUUUUACGCCUUUACUAAUAGCAGCCGAGAAAAAAAGUAUUAAAAAUGGUGUUCAUCACGCAGUAUUCACAUCAAGAUUUGAUAAAUAUGUUGGAGAUUGGAAUAAUGACUUAAAACAAGGUAAAGGACUAUUUUUGACUGUAACUGGAAAAUUAUAUGAAGGAGAUUGGCUUAAGGGUUUCAGACAUGGUUAUGGUUCUCUCAGCAACAAACAAGCAAACGGAACAUUUCGUCUCGAAUAUCGCGGAGACUGGGUUAAAGGCAAGCCUGAAGGUAUAGGCUGGUGGUAUUACCAGAAUGGGGACGUUUAUUUCGGCUUCUGGAAGAAAGGGUAUCGUCAUGGAUACGGGAAAAUGUGGUACGCCGACGGCACAUUCUAUGUUGGUUACUGGCAGAAAAACAAAAAGGAAGGUCUGGGAAUGUUCGUCCAAGCAAAUGGUAACCGCUACGAAGGGCAUUGGUCGGGCGAUCUUAAACACGGUCUCGGCCGUUUCUAUCACAUGCACACCGGCCAGCUUCAAGAGGGCUGUUGGGUUCAAGACACGUGUGUACGGUCUAAAAUGAGUGACAUCAUUAUACGACAGUUCUGUGAUCUACCCACAGAUUAUCCUAUACCACAGGAAACCCUUCAAGAUUCACAAAGUAUUUUAGAAAAGAGUGAAUUUUGGUUGAAACAAAAGAUUGGUGAUAUAGACAAAAAAUUAUUGUACUGCAUUGAUCAGAUGGUGUAA